GGCACUCGGCAGACCUAUACUCGCUGUUCAACUCGCGUUACUCGGCGUUUCCAUAGCAACCAUAUCGUUUUCAAUGUUACUGUUUGGUUGCUGUAUUUUCAAUCCACGAUUUUGUAUUCAUGAAGAUUCUCCGCUGCUAGAUCGCUUGGGUUGGUGUGCAUUCGGAUUGUGUCCUGUGUGUUCUGUUCUGAGUUGUGCUUGUGCUGUCGAACCGUCGAAGUUUACGGAAUUACUUUCGAGGUUUCUUUCGGAUAGUUUCGAGCCGCCGCUGCGUCCGUAUUCCGUAUGUGUUUCGGUAGUGUAAACAUUGUCUCGAAGUGAUUCGAUAAUUUCCGUAUAUUUUUGUCAAUCGCCUCGCGUUUUUUCUUUGUUUCUACAAUUCUACAUUCGCGUUUAGGCAGUUCAGUGGAUGUUAUUUCGUUGUUAAAUUUUAAAACAUUUGAAAAUCGAAGCAGUGAUCAUCAUUUUACUACAGCUAAUUACAUUGUUAUGGUGAUAUCGUAAUCGGACAAAAUGGGUGGAUGUUUGGGUUCAGAAGUAGAAGACUCCAACGAACUUCGUAAGCGAAAGAAUGUGAAUGUGGACGAAUUCGAUGGACCAGUCAAGAAAAGAAGCUGCACUGAUAUACAGUACUUAGUUUUCUUCGUUUUCUUCCUCAUUGUAUGGAUCGGUUUGGUGUUAUAUUGCGUAAAACAUGGCGAUCUAAGACGUAUUUUUGUCGGAUAUGACGAUUGCGGUAAUAUCUGUGGAAUGAAAAAUGAAGCGAAUUAUGGACCUACAUUGGGCCUUUAUGGCUGCGCUGAUAGUGAUAUGAGCCAAAAAACAUUUAUGCUAAUAAACCCGAAAAAUGCUACUGGAGCUAAACGAGAAUGUGUUAGCGAUUGUGCUCUUAGAGGAUAUCGACAGUUCUUCAAAAGAUGCGUCCCAAGAGAUGAAAAGAGUAUAGCUGCGCUUCUCGAUUCGACUGAAAUUCAAGAUUUUUUCCAGAAAGCUGCCGAUGAUGUUAACUUGUGUAGUUGGGAAAUCGUCUAUAUGUGUCUUUUCGCAUUGGUUUUGUCCGUUUUUUUGAUUGGCCUGUUCCGGUAUUUUGCUGGAUUCCUUGUCUGGUUCGUGUUGAUCUGCGUGAUUGUCGUCAGCAUUGGAUUAUCAACUUACUUAUGGUUUUUAUGGGGUAAAGAAAAAGAACACUUCGCUGUGCCUGGUCAGAAAAACAACGCCACAACUUAUUUCACUUACGCUAUCAUUUCAACUGUCGCUACGAUUAUUAUUUUACUGUUGAUUUUUGGAGUGAGAAAAAGCAUUCAUUUGGUCGCCCAUUUAUUCAUAGAAUCUGGAAAAGCGGUUCAAGCGAUGCCAUUAAUAGUCGUGCAACCAUUUGUGACAUUUUUGGCGGUGGUAUUACUGUUAUUUGUAUGGGUGUACUUCUUUUUGUGGAUCGAAAGUUCUGGAUUUGGUGAACGUAAACAGACUGAGUACGGUCCAGUUAAUCGUAUCACGUUCAAAAAAGACGAAGUUAUUAAUUUCGCCAGAGGAUACAACGUUGUGGCUGCUUUUUGGUUGCUUCAGUUCAUCAUUGGAUGUCAACACAUGAUUAUCGCUGGUGCUGUUGCCACAUGGUUCUUCACAAGAAAGAAGACUGCUCUCAGCUCUCCUAUUUCAAAGAGUUACGGAUACUUGUUCCAAUUCCAUCUCGGUACCGUUGCUUUGGGUUCCCUGUUGAUCGCUAUCGUACAGAUUAUUCGAGUUAUUUUCAAAUUAAUCGAGUCUGCUGUUAAGGAUCCGAAAAAUGAUUUCACUAAAGCACUUUACAAAGGAUUCAGCUGUUGUUUAUACUGCUUGGAGAAAAUAUUGGUAUAUUUAACGAGAAACGCGUACAUUGAAGUUGCGAUUUACGGUGAUAGCUUAUGUACUUCGGGAAAACGAGCUUACCAAGUAUUGGUGAAUAAUUCCUUGAAAGUUCUGGUUAUUAACUCUGUUGGCGAUUUCGUAUUGUUUUUGGGAAAAGCUCUAAUAGUCGCUGCUUCCGUUGGACUUGGAUGUAAAUUAUUGGAGGACAAAGAAGGACUAAAUUACUUAGCUGUACCUCUGACUAUCAUUGGUGCUUUUGCAUAUUUCGUUUCUCACGCGUUUAUGACUGCUUUCGAAAUGAUGAUUGAUACGAUAUUCAUUUGCUUCUGCGAAGAUUGUGACAUGAAUGAUGGACAGGAUCGACCAUAUUUCAUGAGUAAAGGACUAAUGGAAUUCGUCGAAGAAAGUCAAAAAGUACUUAAGGUCGGUGAUGCCACCUCUGAGCCCCCUAGAAGCCAAACGACACGUUGGUUAGAAGACUGAAAGUAUACCUCAUAAAACUUCAUAUUUCAAGAUGUAUUCGCUUUUCAAUUUUUGUUGAAGAUUUAAAAUUAAGAUUUAGAAUUUUGAUGUCCAAUUAUUAAGCGAUAAAGCUUUUGCAAAACAUUAAGAUAAGCGAAAAGUAUGUUAUCAUUAAGCAUUUUUUUUUAUCAACUUAUGUUUUAUCUAUGUUUAUUUAUAGAUGUAAAUGCAUUAAGAACCAACCUGUUGAAAUUUUUACGCUCUUUUUAAGUACUUAUUUACAAAAAUGUCCAGCGAAGCGAUUAAGAUAAUGAAUUUUUUAGAUGUUGGGUGAAACCUCGCUGGGCUACUUUUUUUUACUUUUGCUGCAUUGUAUGCAUUUUUCUCUUUUUAUGGCAUUUUUAUUUUACUCGUACCUAUUAUGAUUAAACGUAGGAGAAAUGUAUCACCGAAUUAUUAUUAUAUUUUUGAUUUUUUUUAUCUUGUAAGGUCUUGAAUGUAGCGUGUGGAUUUCUAUUUCUCAUUUUAUCAACUUUCUAAAAUACUUUUUAGUGCUGUAAGUACAAAAUGUUUUUUAUUUUUUCAAUAAAUUUUAUAAUUUUGCA